GACAAUGCAGUAGUGUAAGUUGCUGUAUACUUACGUAUUGUAAAAAUGCUAAAAUAGAAUAUUUACAAAACAGCCUUUUUGGCAACUACGUUGCAUGUGUUACUAUAAAACCGCUUCUGGACGCUUAAUUGCUUGAGUUUAGAUUUGUAUAAAACAUGAAUACAAAAAUGAAAGAUAGUUCUUGAGGCUAAAGUUCUUUGACUUACUGGAAGUUGGAUUCUGCAAUCUACAAUGUUGUUAUAGUAGUUAACAGACAUGUAUGCGUGACAUAUGCCUGAAAUCUAGAGACAUUACUAGAUCAGAGUUUAUAAUCGACAAAACUAGCCGAGGAUGUUAUACGUUGUAUUGCUUGACUAAAGCAAAAACGAGAGUACAGGACUAAACCGCUUAAUUCCCGAAAUGUCUAAAAUAGAAUUUCUGUGAUUCCUACAAAGUGAAGGACUAACACAUGUAGAAAAGAUUUCAGAUUAACUAUUCACGACUAAACAGCAUGUAUAAUAGUGCAGGAAGUAUUGAUCCAUGGGAACCAGGCUUUGCGCCGACAGACAAUAGGCGAUCUAUACAAGAUCAUGUAAGUACAGAUUUGGACUAUCAGCGAAGCUACAGGAAUAGUAGGUCCCCAGAUUACAGUGAUCAUCGGGAUAAAAUCCAUCGAAGUCCUGACUACAAAUCUUAUAGACGUGACAGAGAUCGAUCGCGAGAUAGAAGAGAUCGGAGUAAAGAGGAUCGGGAAAGAAUUUACCGAGAUCGUGAAGAGAGGUAUGGACGCCAACGAGAGAGAGAUUCUCUUGAAAAAGAAAGGGAGAGGGACAGAGAUAGAGAACGAGAUCGUGAGAAAGAAAGAGAUCGAGACAGAGACCGCCGAAGAGAUCGUGAGAGGGAACGUGAACGUAGAUCACGAAAAGAAGAUCGCAGUCGUAACCAGGAUGAUGAUUACAGUCAUGAAAGUGUCGACUAUGAUCAAGAACAGUCUCGCACCUACAACACAGCCAUGGAAGGAGUGCAUUACAAAUGUCAGACACCUAAUAACACAAUUAUGAUUCGAGGACUUGCCCAACAUAUGACAGAAAAUGAUAUCCGGCAGGAUAUUUUAACUUGCGGUUUGAUGCCAAAAGAUAUUAGGCUUAUACGAAAGAAGGACACAGGUGCUUCUCGAGGUUUUGCUUUCGUCGAGUUUAACGCAACCCAAGAGGCUGCAAGAUGGAUGGAGAUGAAACAGGGAGUACUAAUGCUUCAGGAUCAGUAUCGAGCUCUAAUGCAGUACAGUAUUCCCAAGGAGUAUCAUAUGGAUAAACUAUCAGGAAAAAAUACGCAGGAUUGGCACUGUGUUAAGUGUGGUGCUCAUAACUUUAAGAGAAGAGAAACUUGUUUCAAAUGCUCGGCUUCCCGUGCUGAAAGUGAGGAGGGUGGUGAGGGCAGCGAUGAGAUCAGUACGCAUCCAACAAGUAUGGUACUAUUGCGUGGCCUUGAUGUACUAAGUACUGAAGACUCAGUUCUUCAAGCAAUGAAAAGCUUUUCAUCACAACCAAUCCGCAGCAUACGCAUAGGGAGAGAUAGUUUAACCAAUACUUCAAGAGGAGUCUGCUAUUUGGAGAUGGCUAACGUUGUUGAUGCAAUGUAUCUUCAUACAGCACUGACACAGCAAGGCCUUAAAGUUGAUGGACGAAAGGCUGAUAUUGCGUAUUGUAAAUUACAGCAACUGUCAAACGUUGGUUCUUGGAAGGCUUUAGAUACUGCAUUGGCUAGCCAACGCUAUAAUCUUGAAGAUGUAUCUCAGUUAGCUGAGUACAGUGCUAGUCUUUAUGCAAAUACUCCAGCACAAAAGGCUCACUAUUUGGAGUACUACACGCAAUACUACCAAAGUCAAAUUAUUCAAGGCAGUGCAAUUACACUACCUACCCUUAACCAGACUGAUAGGGUCAAUGCAGCUGCAGCAGUGGCUCAGUCGGCAAUUCAACAACUACAUGCUUCACGUAAACUAAGCGAUGUUGAAGACAUAAAGGUCCGACCUGUGCCUACAGCUCCAACCAGCACAGUUCUUGCUACUGGUAGAGUUCCGGCUCAUUCCAGUGAUGGAAAAAUUUAUUCUACUCCAGAUGUAAGUUCUUAUCAGUACGAUGAAACAUCUGGAUAUUAUUACGACUCAAGUACUGGACUCUACUUUGAUCCAAAUUCACAGUAUUAUUAUAACAGCCACACUCGACAAUUUCUGUAUUGGGAUGGUGAUACAUUUUCAUACAAGCCCGCACAGCAUGAAUCUUCUGUAAUAAGUCAAGAUCCGACAGCAACAGCAAUAAGUACAUCGCUAGAGGAAUGUGUUAAUGUAAAUAUGCAAAUUCCUAUAGAACUUGUUAUUAAUGAUGAAAGUAAAAAAAAAGAAGUCAAACAAGAUAAAGUUAAAGUAGCCAAAAAAAUUGCCAAAGAUAUGGAACGCUGGGCAAAAACAUUAAAUCAAAAAAAAGAAAGUGCUAAAUGCAACUUUAAUUCUGAGUAUCCUGGAAAUGAACCUCAGUACCAAAACUCUAUUUGUGGAGCAGCAGAUGCUGGCUAUGCUAUCCUUGAAAAAAAAAGCAGUAGUAGUCUAACAUCCGUAGUGUAUGUCGAAGAAGAUGAUCUCACAGCUGGUAAUGGAUUAGUUGCAGCAUAUGGUGGUGGUAGUGACACUGAUGAAGAAAUAGAAGAUGUGCAACAAGAGGAUAAGCGUCACACUGAUUGGAGCAAACUUGCGUGUUUACUUUGCAAAAGGUUGUUUCCUAGCAAAGAAGCCUUAAUACGUCAUCAACAGCUUUCUGAUUUGCACAAACAAAAUCUAGUGAGUUGGUAUCAAGUGCGGGGUCUUGACCCUAACGAUCCUCAACAGCGUAAUAAUAAAUACCGAGAUCGUGCAAAAGAACGAAGAGCUAAAUAUGGAGAACCUGAACCUCUUCAACCUAAUAAACUGAAAGAAAAGUACUUGAAAACUAAGACCGAAGAAGCUUAUGAAGAACCAACAAAAACAGGCAUUGGUUCCGAUAAUGUUGGCAAUAAGUUACUACAAAAAAUGGGCUGGAUCGAAGGCAUGGGUCUUGGUAAAUCAAAUCAAGGUCGAACGAGUAUCAUAGAGACCGAGCGUCGAGUCCCUGCAGCAGGUUUAGGAGCGAAAUCCUCGUCUUACAAUGCAUUACCUGGUGAUACAUACAAAGACUGUGUUAAAAAAAUGAUGUAUGCGCGAUACCAAGAGCUAUCUGACUCAUAGAAUUUUUGGUUAUGUCAACUCUAUUUAUGCAGUUUUAAUUAAUCUUGAACAUCACUUUUUUAACCCCUUGUACAAUAAAGCCGUAUACAACUAAAAAAAUAUUUUUUUAAAAGAAACAAAUAAAA